AUGCUGGGGGGGCAUCAUGUGAAAGGGCGAGUUUCCGUGGGCUCCUCUCUCCUCCCUGGCCCUUCGCUGGCCGGAGGUCCCCGUGGGGAUGGGGCCCAGCCUCCUCCAGGGACCACUGUACACCCCACGCCUGUGCCUCUGCCGGGGCCGCUUGCUGGGAAGGAGGCGCAAGCUUGUGUCAACUCCCUUCUCAAGAGGAGGGCUGUAACAGAGGGGCCGUGGAGGCAGAAAGCGCCGCUGGCCAGGAGAGAGGGAUCUUCUUCCCUUCUCCGCAACUGCAGGGAUACAGAUGCAUCCGCUGCAGGUGUUAACGGAUACAGAUAUCCUUACUGGGAAGAGGAUGAAGACUUCUCCCCCUCUUUCCAGAUUGCACCUUUUUGGGCAUACAUCCUGGGUGCAUUAGGACUUUUUAUCUACCAGUCUCUGGAUGCCAUUGAUGGGAAGCAAGCCAGAAGAACAAACAGUAGUUCUCCUCUAGGAGAACUCUUUGAUCAUGGUUGCGACUCGAUUUCCACAGUUUUUGUUGUCCUUGGAUCCUGCAUAGCAGUCCGACUAGGAACAAAUCCUGACUGGUUGUUUUUCUGUUGUUUUGUGGGACUGUUCAUGUUCUAUUCUGCUCACUGGCAGACAUAUGUAUCAGGCAUACUAAGGUUUGGAAAAGUUGACGUAACUGAAGUUCAAAUAGCCAUAACAGUGCUGCUCUUGAUAUCUGCCUACGCUGGCACAGCGAUAUGGGACUAUAGGGUCCCUUUGGUGGGCUUGGAACUGAAGUUCUUUGCUGUUUUUGGCAUACUGUGUGGAACAGCACUUUCUUUUUUCAAUUACUUCCGUGUCAUCUUUGGUGGAGGGGUUGGAAAGAAUGGAUCUACAAUAGCAGGAACGAGUGUUCUCUCACCCGGCCUGCACAUUGGCCUACUUAUCACACUGGCCAUCGUGAUCUAUAAAAAGUCUACAACUCGGCUGUUUGAAAAACAUUCUUGCCUGUAUGUCUUGACAUUUGGAUUCGUGAAUGCUAAAAUCUCACAGAAGUUGGUGGUGGCUCACAUGACAAAAAGUGAAAUCUGUCUUCAGGACACUGCGUUUAUUGGGCCAGGACUUCUGUUUUUGGAUCAGUACUUCAACAGUUUCGUUGAUGAAUAUAUCGUUCUGUGGAUAGCAUUGUUCAUAUCCUUGUUUGAUAUGCUGAGAUAUGCCGCUGGUGUAUGCCUACAGAUUGCUGCUCAUCUUCAUAUACGUGUCUUCAGAAUUUCAUCUCAUCAAGCUCCUGAACAGGUUCAAAACCAUAAUGACUGAUUAAAAUAGGUCCAGGACAAGAGGAGAAGCAGUUAGGGGGAUGCUGAA